GCACAUAUAGACAAACAACCAUUCACACUCACAUUCAUACCUAUGGACAAUUUAGAGUCUCCAAUUAACCUAACAUGCAUGUUUUUGGAAUGUGGGAGGAAACCGGAGUACCCGGAGAAAACCCACGACACAAAUUUAACUCAUUUGAAUAAAAGGAGUCUGCCAGCACCACAAAAAAGGACAUUUUGCAAUACUGGAAAAUGAGGAAAUGAAAUCAAAUACAGUAAGUUAAUUAAAUUCAAUUCAAUUGAAUUAAAAUAAAACAAGUGGCGUAAACUUGCUCUAAUCACACAGGGUUGACAUUUUCAAGCGUCUCAAUAGUUUGCCAUCACUCAUCCUGACUAAUUGGACACUUACAGUAAAUUACACCUUAGGCCAUUUUGACAAGAUCGAGUGUGACAACCCGCCAAAAGUUGACACUGCUGAUGAAAACCCCAGAGGAGGUGUCGUCAGUGUGACCUCCUGUGAAUUCUACCCUCUCUGCCUGCCGGUUGAAAGCUCUCUAAACCAACCAACAGUGGCAAAAUGUCAUCAUAUUUUCAAUGCUUGCACUUGCCUGUGCUUGCACACGUUGUUUGGAAGCGGCAUACAGCGCCGCGUGCCAGAUGGAGGUGUUGCAGUGGCAACACGUUCAACUGCUUGAGCGGCAGUCGCUUAUAAAAUGCAAAAAAAAAACGGGGGUGUGGACAGGUGAGCCCGCCCCUUAUGUGUUAGCACAGAAGAAGAAGACGUGCAUAGCGAAACGGAAGUGUUUGCUCAUCUUUGCAGGAGAUGUUUUUCAGUCCCUUUAACAAGCCUACAACUUUGCACCAUAGGUGACAAAGCAAAUAACACACACACCUGUGCCGUAUUUUGGACACCCCAUGUUGUGCCUGACUAAACUAGUGAUAAAGAACACAGAAGUGGGACACUUGGGACACAGUGGGAAGUUUUGGGCACUUCCUCUCAACCAGGGGUCUCAACCUCAACUUACCUGGGGAUCAUUGGGGGUAGAGUCUGGAUGAGGCUGCCCCACAUCAAGUAUUCACUCCAGAAUCACAUUCCAACCAAGUUGUCAACAAACACGUCCGGAAGCUGUCACCAGCCUGGGCAAGAGCAGGUCAAAAAUAUACAUAAAUGUACAAAAAGCUUACUCUUUAAAAUAGAAGUAGGUCGAUAACUUUAACAUACUGUACGUUAACUCUAAACACGUAUCCUGAGCAAAUAGUUACCAAAAAGUGCCGCAUGGCAUGCUGGGAAGCAUAAAAGCAUGCCUUGCGGCAACUUUUUGCAAACAGUUGCUUGUCGUGUAAAAAGUUGCAAAAGUUCCGUGUUUUGUGUUCACAUAGUUGUUGCUUAACAUUCCCCCUAGUAGAAGUAGUUCCCUUACUUCCCUGUUACAUGUUGUGCUGCCACCGUGUUUACACCGGGAUUUGAAGUUAGUGUUCUGUCACCGUUGCCUAUGUGAUGGGUGAUGGGUCCGGGAACAUGCCGAGCUCAUAGGGCGAAGCCCCGUGUCGGUGCGCUUAUCGCUUUAAGAAAAGUCACGUGAUCGAUGUAGUCGCUGUUUCGCCUGUCACUGAGGCACCAAACUGUGUUUAUAAAAAAGCGAGUCUGACGUCUGUCAUCCGGGUGCCACCUCUGUGCAAUAAGAACAAAUCUUUUGAAGCACAAUUCUUCCCCUUAAUCCUGUGUGACAUGGACACUGAAAGAAAAUAAAGAUUUCCGUGUAGGACCAUUUUGAAUUUAUACCGGCAAAUAAGCCAUUUAUUUACUUUUUUCAUCCUGUUCCUCUGAAGCAGUUCUUCCCUUGAGCUAUCAGAAUUCAUCUGCAUUUCAGUGACUCUUAGUUGAAAACAUUUCUUUUAUUUUGGGCAGGUUAAAUGUAUUUAACAAUGUGUUUGUUUUACUGGAUUGUCCUACUUCCUCAGAAAUAGCUGGUAUUAAAUCCAUUUAAUACUUGAUUUCACCUUACAGUAUCGGUUUGCUUUUGGUUUUACUUGGUUUGAAUGCCAAGACACUGGAAAAACUUAUUUUCUUGAAUAAAAACCUGACAUAUAAAAACAACUUUCCUGCAUUAAAGACAAUAGGCGACAUCACAUUCACAACACUUUCAUUUUGAGCUCCAUGUUAUGACACGCCUUCUCAUUAUUUAUUGACUAUAUAAUUUUUUAAAAGAUAUCAAAUUAACUUGGAUUAAAAUAUAAAAUAAUGCAAUAAUUUCAAUAUUAUUGUGUAUAGUCAAUGAAUCAAUGUGUCAGUUGAGUCUGUCAACCUUAUUACCUGCAAUCAGGGUUGGACUGGGACAAAAAUUGGACUACGGACAUGGUGGUUCAGACUGGGUCCGCCCCAUCCCCGAUUACAAACCUCCUUUGAUUUUUAUAAAGGAGAUGGCCAGGGUUGGAAUUGAAAGUCCGCCCCCCCUGGUACAUGUACUGUACCAUUACACCAGCAGAGACUGUCAACAAAUUCAAUGUCUGAUGUGUCACGGCAGCGAUGCGCACCCUUUAAUAUCCAGCAGGUGUCAGUAUUGAGCAACACAGCGACACGAUAUCGCUACAGUUGGGUGAUGUGCGUCAAUUCUUCACCAAACUAAAGUGCCUCUGACCAUCGCUUGUGGGACAUUCACAUCAGGAAAGGGGCCACAACAUUAAGAAUUUGAGACCCCUUAGGUGUCAUCAGGCCCGUAUGAGUGCAUGCCACCUCCCAACAGCACACUGGCAGGUUUCAGAAAUCGACUAGAUUCAAACAAGGACAGUAAGUGUCUGCAGGAUUUGUGUCAAAUGCACUUUUCCUUUUCGGUUUGGCAAUAAAAACACAAGUUCCCCCUCGUUUGGUCUCUUAACGGUAGGCACUUUCCCCCGCUAACGAGCACCAGCCUUGUUCUAAUUAUUGUCUGAGCUGAGCUGACUGGAGUGCUUGGUUUGGAAAGCGAGGCUUAAUUUAGAGCGGCCAAUCCCGGCUGGGAAUAUCCACAGUUCAAGCUAGCGCCUCCAGACCCAGCGAGGCGUUUGAUUCCUUGUGUUCUUCUUAAUAGAAGGAAGGUGAUGAGCCGUAGUUCGCCAGACUAACCCUGGAGUUUAAGGAAUUAUGGAUGAACACACACACACGCCACUUUUUUCAGUUAUUUAUUGAAAUUCAAGUCACUCAAGUCCAAUGACUAGCUUGAAAUGGUACAAAGGUAAGUGGUGAAGUUCCAGAGGUUAAAAAAUGUAUAUUGUUUGUAUUUCAGUAUGAUAGAAAAAGGCCUGUUUCAAGGACCACAAAAUGGGUCAACAAUUUAAGUGUAAUUUAAAGGUGUUCUGCAGAAAUGGAGGUUGAUAAAGCCUCAGCAGUUGGUGCAACUAAUUCCUACAGGUGUUCCAAGUUCUGGAGUACUUACUACCUCCUCUGUCUGCAUAAAAACAGUGUUCAGAACACACUGUGGUAUUACAGUAUACCCUCAUGAACAUCAGUUGAACAGCCUUGAACUGGAGAAAGUCAUUUGUUGCUACAAAAAUGGCAAGAAAAAAGGGAAUUAACAAUGGAAGACAGACAGACCAUCUUAACACUUAACAAUGUAGGUUUUUCCUCCAGAGAAAUUGGAGGGUUCUAAAACUUUUGCCCGGUAGUGUAUAUAGGGCACAUAAAGGAAAGGCAGUGCAACCAGGUGUUAACCCACGUGACAGCAGAUAAAGCUGACUGCAGGAAUUAGUGGUAAUCCCGCCCUGAUCUUUGGAAUAUGUCCCUGUUACCUCUCCGAGCACCCUGGUUCUGGCCCUGGGCCCGCCUGGCGCUCACUCAGGUUGGGCAAAGACAAGACCAGGCCCAGGACCACCUCUCCAGCUACCCCUUUUUCUUUCAUUUUUUUAAAGAGCAGCGACACAGUAGGUGCCUUUUACUGUCUUGUGUGCUCGCGGUGCUAUCUCCAUCUUUGUCUUUAUGGGCCACGCUCAAAGUGCACAAAGGCUUCUGGUAGAAGAUAUCAAGCAGCGUUAUGUAAAGCGGAUUAUCAGGUGUUAUGUGAUGUGAUGAGUGUGCCCUACAAGAUCCGUGCGCACAUUACAUGAUGAGUGAGUCAUAAAAUAUCCUUCCGACAAAGACGCGCUUCAUGCACGACCUUUCUGUGAUCUUCUGUCACAGCGUGACGAUUUCACACAGUGUCUUCUUCCUCCAUCCUUCCUCCAGGCGGAUCGCCACUGACCCCAUUAUUCCUCGUAUUGUAUCCAGGCAGAUAAAAGCAUCUUUGAGCGAGGCAACAAGAGGCCAGUUAGUGGAGGACGCUCCCGCAAACACUUCAUGAGUCAGGAAUGGCUUUCAGGGCGGCAGCGACAAAUCGUAAACUAUCGAGGGAAUCGCGUGUGAGUGCGGAGAUGCUGUCGCAGAGCCAAAAUAGUGAGGAAAGAACUAUUUACGUUUGGAAAUGACUCACUUGUAUACACUUCAGUGCAUUUUGAUGGACAAGGAGGGGUACUCCUCCCACAUUCCGAAAACAUGCAUGUUAAGUUAAUUGGUGACUCUAAAUUGUCCAUAGGUAUGCAGGGGGUGUACCCCGCCUCUUGCCCAAAGUCAGCUGGGAUAGGCUCCAGCGUACCCAUGACCCUAGUGAGGAUAAGCGGCAUAGAAGAUGGAUGAAGGAAUAGAAUUGUGGUUCCCUCAAAAAUGACAUGUGACUUCUCAUCAUAGCAAUCCCCAGAUACUUUGCCAAGGGGGGUCCAAACUUUCCCACACAGGGCCACAUACUGAAAACUCAAAAGGUGCAGUGGGCCACAACAAUUUAUUUUGUAAAAAGCCGAAAAAAUGUUAUAUAGAUAUUUCAAGACAAAGCCUGUUGGUAUUAGUUAUUAUGGUCAACAUUUCAGUUUUUCCUCUUUACGUUUUCUGCUGUCUUUUUACCAUUUUUUUCCCCGUUUGAGUUUGUUUAAUUUCAUUUCUGCUAUGUGCUGCCGGAUGCAAAUGACCCCCGGGCCACACUUUGAACACCCCUGUGAGUAAGGAUUAGACCCUGAGUUAGUGCUAUGAUUUUAAUGCAAAAAAUAACUUUUUGGGGGCAUAUCCAAUUGGAAAGUUACCUAUUUUGGGGAUUUUGAAUGACACAAAAAUCCCAAACGUUUAUGCCUUUGAAUGUCAUUAUUGGCAUUAAAACGUUCAAUGGCAAAAUGAUUGUUUCCUCAAAAAUUGCAUGUGAGUGCUUUGAUCUACUUGCAAAAAAAAGUACUUAAAUGCGGUGAUAGCUCAGUUUUCAUUAUUAAUUCCUUCCAAAAGGUAUGACAAAAAGUGAAACGUACAAAAAAAACAAAGCAAUUUUUCCAAAGAAAACGGACGCCACUUUUUUGUUUUGCAAUGAGUUCGGUCUCAGAUUCAAUCGUGUUUCUCACCUUCUUCAUCCAAUUGCUGGCACUCGCAACUUUCUUUGGCCUCUUUAUUUAGUAGCACGGUCGGUGAGGCAGUAACAUGUAGGGUGCUUUGUUUGGACACUCGAUUCCGCGGACCGACCCAGUAGAGGGCUAACAGACUAGUUUGUUAGGUGCAAUAUUGUACGAAAACCAAGGUAGUGUAAGAAAACCGAGGCAUACGUAAACUGUGGUGUUUGAAAACAGCGUGAGGUCAAAGUACAAGCUCCCUAGAUGCUAAUGCAAAUCUGCCCCUAGUGGCUGUGUGUGUUUGGAUGCUUACUGACUGUUUUGAUCUUUCUUUUCUUAAAUGUUAGCAUGAGCAUCUUUUGUGUCACCGAAUCACACUCUAAAUUGUAAUUUUCCUCAGAGAUGAUGCAUGAAUACAGAACUACGACACUAUGACGUCCCAAUGCCCUGAGUGUGAUCCCCUGAGUGUAAAGUGUAAAUAUGCCCCCUAGUGGCUGUGUGUAGCAUAGGGGAUUGGACAUUUCCUGAAUGCUUUGCAGAAUAAACAUUUUUGAGAAAAAAAUUUCCGAGAAUAAAAGAGUUUAAUUGACGAGAAUAAAGGUUGUUAAUUUACGGGAAUAAAGUCAUACAUUUCCGAGAAAAAAGUCUUAAAUUUACAAGAAAAAAAGUUGUAAAUUUCCGAGAAUAAAGUCAUACAUUUCAGAGAAAAAAAGUCAGAAUAUUAACUUUGUCGAUGGCCGAAGGUCACAUAAGUCCCACCUUUCCACAGCUGUCUCAGGCAAUGCACGUUACAAAGCGGUAUUGAAAUAUUCUGAGAUUUUAAGAAUAAAGUCGUAAAUUUACGAGAAAAACGUAUAAUAUUAUGACAAUAAAGUCGCAAAUUUAUGAGAAAAAAACUCGUAACUUUAUGUUACAGGCAUUGCCUGUAAAAUGUCCGCUGUCUUGGAAUGAUUUGCCGUUACAGUCCAUGGUAAAAAAAAAAAAAAAAAGAAGUUGGAGUCUGUCAGCAUUCUGAUGAUUCUUGAUGGGUUUCCACGGCUGCCCUCAAACAUGCUAACCAUCCUCAGAGAAUUUGGUUUUCUGGUUGGGGGCGACACAUGUGUGAACAUCGUGUUUACCUCACGUAUCUUCUCCUUUUCUUCACGUUUUCCUGUGUUUGUUUUUGGGCCUCUCUGAUUAUGACUUUUCCUGCUGCUUCCUCUCCUUCUCCCGGGACUUUGUCUCCCCUCGUCUUCCUCCGUCCUCCUCAUCCUCCUCCGUCCUCGCCGGUGUUUGCUGGCAAACAUAAGCGUUUGUCCUCUCACGAAGCCAAGCGCUCAUCCGUGUCGCGCUUCUUCCUCGCUCGAUGUUUAAUGGAGGCCAAUUACUCGCCUGCGACGACCCCAACGAGUGGCAGGACGCUCCUUAUUGGCUGCAGAUUGGCCUAAUGUGGAGCAAUGAUGACUGAUGUGGUUAUAUUCAUUUUAUUUAUUAGGUACACCUGCAAUAGGGGAGGCUUGGGGGUAACCAAAAUAUUAACAACAGCCCGAGAUGAUUGCAAAGUACAACUGCAAUCACAAAAUUAAAUAAUUCAAUAAAAAAAUAUAUAUUAAGGCAAAACUGCAACCGCAUGCAGAAUUGUGGUUCCCUAGUGCCCCCUAUAGGUGGACAGUGUCAUUUAUGUUCAAGAGAAGUAGCAUAACAUAAUGAAUGUUUCAUCAUUUCAUCCAGUGCAAAUGGUGGGGCGAGUCCCCCUUUGGGGGGAUGCGGUGAGGUGUCUGAGGAGGGGGCAUGAGAGGCCUAAUCAUAAAAUUUCUUCAAGGUUGUGGUCUGUUAAUGUAUUUGUUCAUGCUUGAACGAUGCUGGUACCAGCAACCCAUACAGUACCUUUAUACAUACGUUGCACUGAGCUAACAAUAGUGGCUAAACAAACAGUGAAAACCAGGCAUUUGUCACAUUUACCGUGUCAGGAGCAACAGAAUGUUUGCAGGAAGGGGUGGACAGUCAUGGCGGCUGGCUGCAGAGGCAAACACGGUACAUGAAGCAUGACAUUCUGCUUCAACAACACAAUAGCGAGGAAUAGCGAGUCCACGAGUCCAGCAGGUCCAGCUUUGUUUGGCUAACAGGACCACUUGUUCCUGUUUAUGUUGCGUUUGGAUGUCAUGUGUGCAGCGCCCAUAUGUUUACCAUCUGGGGUGCAGCGCAAUCUGCAAAUAACAGCUCCCAAGCACCCCCUACAGGUGAAAAGUGUAAUUUAUGUUCACGCUAGUAGCUAAGCUCAUGAAAAUAGCUGCCAAUUUACUUUUUUUACUUUUUACUUUUUUUUUCUUAUAUUUACUUUUUAAAUUUACAACAAUUUUAUCAAAUUUAACAUAAAAAUAAUUAAAUAAAUAUAAAAUGUUAUCAUUUGAAAUAAUUGUAAUACAUUUGCCAGUUAAUAUUUACAUUUAAACAAUUAUUUAUCAACAUCUCCCUGCAUACUCAAGGAGAUUGUACAAAGAAUACAUGAAAAAAAGCCCAUAAAAGAUAAAAGGCCAACUGAAGUGAUAACAAAAACACUACAUACAUGCCUGAACAGUAACUUUAGCAUCUAUGCUAGUGCUAACAUACCACAAGAAGUGUCCUGGCUGGUCCACCAUUGUUAUAGAAUGUUAAACUUGGUGACCUGGGGAUCCUAACUGACAUGCCUUAUUACAAGCCAGUAUAGCAUUUUUAUCAUUAUUGUGACUUUGAGUCUAUGUGAUUAUCACAUAGUGUAGCUUUAUGUAUGUUUCAGUGUGAGCUCCACAGACGUGUGUGAACACAAUCCAGUCUGGCAAAACACUUUAAGGCCAGUCUGGAUUUGCUGUUAGACACUGGCAGACACUUACUUAUUUCCGGCUCAGGGGGGGAAAAAAAAUUAUUAUAUACAUAUUUUUUUGCAAGUGACAUAAGAGAUGCAGGAGGAUCAAGAGUGCUUGAAAAGUAUGUGCAGCAUGAUGAUAAUGAAACGAGGAAUAAAUGAAGCAACCGCCUCCCCGUUUUAAAAAGGGAGGGUCUGCAUGUGCACUCAAACAUGCAGUGCUUUGUAGCACUUAAGGGUUAGGGCUUAGGGUAGGGGUUAGGGUAUGGGCUUGGGCAAUCAUGAAAGGAGGGAUAAAAUAAGCAACCUUCCUUCCUCCUUUUAGAGCGGGAGAGUCUGCAUAUGCACGCAAACAUGUAGUGCUUUAAGGCACUUAACGGUUAGGACUGGGAUUAGGCUGUGGGUUUAGGGUUAGGGUUAAAGGAAAAUUAUCCACAAUCCUUAUGUGAAACAUGAACACAUACUUCUUUCCCUUUUCUGUGCGUUCUAAAGACAGAAAACGAGUUAGUACGAGCGAAAAAAAACCCUCUAACAACAUUUUAUGGUUUUAUAUGCAUGCUGUGAUCCUGCAUUAACAGCCAACAGGAACUAAAGCUACUUCCAUCAACAACCGCAGCGUACAAACAGCGUGUCUGUGCUAUUACUAAUGAUGGAUGACUACUUUUGGACAUAUGAGGAAGCAGAACCUUAUCUUUUAAGCCUGAAUACAUGCAGGAUGAGCUACAGGUUAUCAGAGUUUCAAUGCUCCUCCACGUUCUAAGAUGAAGUUAUGGAAAAGUGCUACUUUUGCCUUCGUGCUCUGUGGCGCUGCCCUGUCAGUCAUCCUCGUUAGAAACAUGGCCACCACCGUGGGACAACCCAAAGCAAAGACUAAACACGCUUCCUCUUCAUUGCCAACAUCCACCUCCUCCUCGUGGUAUCCUUCGACCUCAGUAUCAGAGUCCUCAUCGUCAUCAUCAUCAUCGUCUUCUUCAUCCACCUGGAGCAUUGGUCUUCAUCGGCGGACGCGCUCGGCCGACAACAUGAACUCUCUCCUGUCUGAGCUGUCCAUGAUGUUCCAGAGCUUCACAGAAGGCGAGCUUCAGCAUGUGGUGGGAACCCUGAUGAACGGGAAGCAGCAGAAGAGCCGAGGCCAAGGCCAGACCCGAAGGACUAAAAGAGCCCGCCGGGCCAAGCCGUGCUCCCUGAGGGAACUCGAGCUGACGGUGAGCGAGCUGGGCCUGGGCUACGACAGCGACGAGACCGUCAUGCUGCGUUACUGCAGCGGCAAGUGCACAGCGCAGCGCCGCAACUACGACAUCACCAUGGAGCACAUGAUGCGGACAGGCUUCAGGAAGAAGGGCCGCAAGGACAAGGUCAGCAACGGUCCCUGCUGCCGGCCCACGGCCUUCGAGAAGGACUUUUCCUUCCUGGACAACCGGAGUCGCUACCACACCAUACAGAACAUCUCAGCCAAGAACUGUGGCUGUGUAUGACCCAUGGAGGCGACUCGCUACUUUGUGCUGCUGUAAGCUCCCCAACAUGGAACAAUCGGGAUAUCAGCUCCAGAUCAGGAAUAUGUUGGACCCGGCCCGACAUCAUGUGGGAAUGAAUCAGAAGGAUUUGCGUGCAGAGAGUGACUGUUCUUUUUCUAUGAUCUUUUCUAUCUGUGUCGUAACACUGUAAAGGAUGGUGUCACAGCAAUGUAGCAACAUGACACGCGUGGUGUCUUCUUGUAGUGUCAUGUGACUGUAUGAGUAACACCAGUGAGUCAUGGCCACCGAGCUCAAGACAAAAAAUCUCUACAGAGGACAGACGACUAAAAAUCCGUUAAACAUUUCAACAGCACAACCAAAAUGUAUUGCCAACUGGACUACAAAAAACAAAGCAAAUUCAGACAACAUGCCAUGCAAACGUUUAGACCAGGAUACCCAACUGGCCAAAUUUGGCCCGCAAAUGCAGUUCAGAUCUUACUUGCUCACAUUUUUGCGGCAAAUUCCCAGUGCACUCUUGUCAUAUAGACAAUCUUUGACUAGUGUUUUUUGCAGUAGGUCCUUAAAAACAUCAGAACACUCCUGUCACAUAGAGAAUCUUCGAUAAUCGUAAAAUAUGACUUAAUGACUACAGUGGUACCUUGGUUUUUGCCAUUAAUUUGUUCCAAAAGGUCAGACGAAAACCAAAUCGUAUAAAAACUGAAGCAAUUUUUUCCAUUUGUCCCAAAUUCAAUGAAUCCAAACUCGAUCUAGCAGAGUGAUACAGUACAGGGCAAACAGACUAGCUUGUUGUAUGUAAUAUUGUACAAAACCCGAGACAAAAUUAGAGCGAAAACCGAUCAUACAAAACUGUGGGAGACAAAACCCAAGUUUUUGCUGUAUUUUAUCCGUUAGUUGAGGUAAAAAUAUGAAGGUCUUACAUUACUUGUGUACAAAAUAAGAGUAGUCAAGGAAGAAGUCGGUCCUUAGCUUUCUGAAAAUGUGGCCCCGAUAAAAAUGGGGUUUAAUAUUCCUGGUUUAGACAUUACUGUGUCAGACCAAGAACUUUAUUUCCCUGUUUGUUUUGAGUGAUAUCAACGCCCCUGUUUAUAGUCCAGACUUAAAGGUGUUAUUAUACUUAUCAGAAGAAGAAUCGUCAUUAUUUUUAUGGAUAUGCCUAAAAAUGCUCAGGUAGUCUAGAAGAGAGUCUCCCUUUUCAGCACUUUAAUUUUCUGCAACGUUCAAGAAAUCUGCUGUAAAUCUUGAAAGAUUUUGGUGUCUUAGUAAGAACACUAUUUAUUUUGAGGGUUGUGCCUGUGAGUAUUCUCAUUCAUCCAGGUCUUUCUAUCCUCAGGGCAUUCAAUCGAUCCAGAUCAAGUUGCCCUGAGAGUGUUUUGAGGGUUGUAAUAGAUGGUCUGGAGCUUUAGGUGCUGACCGAAAGGACAACAUCGCGGGUAAAUGUGGCCAAAAUACGUUUCGAGAUAAGGUGAGAAGCACUGUCAUCCCAAAAAAACUCAAGAGUAGAACCGCUGCUCCUCCGCAUUGAGAGAAACCAGAUGCCAGAUGAGGUGGGUCAGGCAUGUGGUCAGUAUGACUCCCGGACGCCUCCCUGGGGAAGUGUUCAGGGCAUGUCCGACCGAUAUGAAGACUUGGGGAAGACCCAAGACACAUUGGAGAGACUAUGUCUGUCAACUGGCCUUGGAACGCCUCGGGAUCCACCAGGAGGAGCUGGAUGACAUAGCCAGGGUGAGGGACGUCUGGGCUUCCCUGCUUCCCUGGAUGGAUGGAUGGAUGGAUGGUAAAAGAUGAGGUCCAAGUUCACUGCAGUACUUUUCAGUUGUAGAUUUGUUCUCUACCAUAAGAAAUUUGUCUCCAGUCUUCUCCCCCCAAAAAUGGUCAAAGCAAGAGUCCUAUUGAUUUUAAUAGACAAUGGUGCAAAAAAGUGUUUGCCCCCCCUCCUGAUUUCUUUUUUUUUUUCACGUUUGACACACUUAAAUGUUUCAGAUCAUGAAACAAAUUGAAAUAUUAGUCAAUGACAACACAACUGAACACAAAUGCAGUUUUUAAAUGAAACUUUUUAUUACUAAGGGAGAGAAAAAAAUCCAAGCCCUGUGUGAAAAAGUGAUUGCCCCAAAAUUACCCCAAGAGUGCAGCGACGAUUCAUCCAGAUCCCACAAUAACAUCCAAAGAACUGCAGGUCUCACUUGCCUCAGUUAAGGUCAGUGUUCAUGACUCCACCAUAAGAAAGACACCGGGCAAAAAUGGACUGAAUGGAACAGUUCCAAGACGAAAACCACUGCUGAAAAAAAGAACAUUAAGGCUCGACUCAGUUAUGCCAGAAAACCUUUUGAUGAUGCCAAAACCUUUGGGAAAGUACUCUGUAGUCUGACAAGACAAAAGUUGAACUUUUUGGAAGGCGUGUGUCCAUUACAUCUGGUAUACAAGUAACGCUGCAUUUCAGAAAAAAAACAUCAUACCAACAGUAAAACAUGGUGGUGGUAGUGUGAUGGUCUGGAGCUGUUUUGUUGCUUCAGGACCUGGAAGAUGUGCUGCGAUGAAUGGAACCAUGAAUUCUGCUGUCUACCAAAAAAUCCUAAAGGAGAAUGUCCGGCCAUCUGUUCGGGACCUCAAGCUGAAACAAACUUGGGUUCUGCAGCAGGACAAUGAUCCAAACAACAAGCAAGUCCACCUCUGAAUGGCUGAAGAAAAACAAAAUUAAGCCUUUGGAGUGGCCUAGUCAAAGUCCUGACCUGAAUCCUAUUGAGAUGCUGUGGCAUGACCUUAAAAAGGCGCUUCAUGCUGGAAAACCCUCCAAUGUGGCUGAAUUACAACAAUUCUGCAAAGAUGAGUGGGCCACAAUUCCUCCACAGCGCUGUAAGAGACUCAUUUAAAAACUGCAUUUGUGUUCAGUUGUGUUGUCAUUGACUCAUAUUUAAAUUUGGUUAAUAAUCUGAAACAUUGAAGUGUGACAAACAUGCAAAAGAAUAAAAAAUCGGGAAGGGGGCAAACACUUUUUCACCCCGCUGUAUCUGACCCCAAACAUCAUGUUCCAUCAUUUUCCUUCCCAGCCAUCUUACACAAACCUUUACAUAUUUUGAUGUCUGAGCAAGAACCCUAAUCAAGGUCAAUGAUGCUGUGAAUCUAUCAUGAGCAAUUUUCGUCAAGUCUUCUCAAAACAUUGAGGAUUUUUUUUUUUUAAGAAGAACCCUAUUGUUUUUUGGGGUUUUUUUUAUGGCUAUCUGACAUGGAUAUUUUGAGCAUUAUCCACAUGAGUUGCGGUGGUUGAGUUUAAAGUUCAAGAACUUUUAAACCGGUAUUCUACUUUUUUUUUUUUUUUUUGUCAAACCCAGAAUCCAAUUGAUUUUUUAUGCAUAUCUUGACAUCAUGUAAGCUACCCAAGUAGCUGAGCUCAAACCUCAACUCCUGUUUCACUUUCAAGACCAUUUCAAGACCCCCAUUUCGACCACAAAUCAUUGCUCACUGUCAAGGCGGCGUGAACCCUAUUUAUUUUGAAUGAUACCAAAACAUUAUCAUAGUGUAAGGUCAAAGAUUUAAAUGCAUUACAUGUAGCAUGAAAUGAAUGUAGCAUGUGCAAGCUUCUCCAAGCCUUCAUGGAGUAUUGUGUAAAGUACUUACAUUAAUUGCAUACGCCCUAUUGAUUUUUAGAUGACUUCUGCUCCAAGAUGCUCCUUCCUUUGAUGGUCACGUUUUCCAAACAAUCGUCCUCAACUUCCACUAAUUAUUACAUCAUCACAGCAAGCACCCUAUGGAUUUUGAGCAAUUUGUGAGACGAGAUGCUUGACACAGACGGGAAUGGCUAGGAAUGCACUGCAGAAACAAUUAAAACAAUUCAAGCCGCCCCGCUAAGCGCAUGACUCAUUCUGCUUGGCAACAUUUUAAAGAGUCACGUCACGUGCAGGAAAGAAAACAGAAAGAAAUGCUUCCGUGUGCAAACUUAUUCAAGCGUCAACGUUGUUUGUGUUGUCUGAAUUUGCCACACAUUCUCUUUCUUUAAUUGUCCACAUUCCGCAUCCUCACUUCCCAUAGCUUAUAUAAUCACAGGGUGGACACCAAAUAACCCCCCCGAAAGUACAUAUAAUUAAAGCUGUAUAUCAAGGAAUGCAAACAUCUUAACUGUGCUUAAUGUAUUGUUUAGGGCUUUGUUGCAUGCAUGCAUUCAUUCAUUCAUGUUACUGACUGCAGUGUUAUUACAUAGUCAAGAAAAAUGUAUUAUUGAUGAAACCAUUUCUAUAGGUCCGCCUUUAUUUAUUGUACUGUAUCUCCAUGUUGUGCAGACAUGACUUCAACCUCCAUUGGUAAUGAAGCACAAUGCUAUUUUACCCACUUAUCAUAGCAAUUGCAUAUUAUGGAAAUACCUGAUGUCUUGUUUAAGUGGGGGGCCACCCUGCUACACGGAGCAAGCCACACCCACAAAAUUCCCCAAAUAGUCACACAAUUGCCAAAACACAUAAUGAAUUGACUUCUCGAGUUCCACCUGAUUACAAACCUGAUGUAAUUUGUGGACGUUUACACUCGCGGAGCUCUUGCGGUAAUUCGAAGCCGCCGUUUGCACUCAUCAUCCUCUAAAUUCCUGCAUGCAUACAACGGCCCAUCACUGUCGCGCUUGACCUUUUA